CUGCAUCGUGACUAGUGAGGCGAAGAGAGAGUGCCAAGAAACCAAAGCGAAGAAGAUAACGGGGUGGGACCCGCAGGGCCGCAGCAAGAGCCAAGAGGAGGAGGAGAGAGGCAGCAAGGCAAAGGCAACGCGCCGUCAUCUCCUGAGGUCAGAGACCUUCUCGAGUACUACAGUCAUGGCCCGCCGCAUCUAAGAGGCAGCAAGAAGGGGGGCGGAUGGGGCGCGCGUUCGUGUACGUGAUCCUGGGCGGCGGCGUGGCCGCGGGCUACGCCGUGCUCGAGUUCGCCCGCCGCGGAGGGUACUCUCGCGGAGAGCUCUGCAUCAUCUCCGAAGAGGCCGUUGCUCCUUAUGAACGUCCUGCACUAAGCAAAGGCUAUUUACUCCCAGAAGGUGCUGCUCGCCUUCCAGGAUUUCAUACUUGCGUUGGUGCUAAUGAUGAAUUAUUGACAACAAAAUGGUACAAAGAACAAGGCAUUGAAUUAGUUCUUGGAACAAAAGUAAUUUCUGCUGAUGUGAGGCGCAAGACAUUGCUUACAGGCACUGGUGAAACUAUCAGCUACAAAACUCUAAUUAUUGCGACAGGUGCUCGGGCUUUGAAGCUACAAGAAUUUGGAAUACAAGGUUCAGAUGCUUCAAACAUAUGUUAUUUGCGCAACAUCGAUGAUGCGGAUAAGUUGGUGAGUGCGAUGAAAUCAUGUCCUGGCGGAAAUGCUGUUGUCAUUGGUGGUGGCUACAUUGGAAUGGAGUGUGCAGCGGCAUUGGUUACUAACAAGAUAAGGGUCACCAUGGUCUUCCCUGAGAAACACUGCAUGGGUCGUCUAUUUACACCAAAAAUUGCAGAAUUUUAUGAAAACUACUACACCUCAAAAGGGGUCACCUUUGUUAAAGGAACUGUCCUUACAUCCUUUGAAAAAGAUACAACGGGGAAGGUGACUGCAGUAAUCCUCAAAGAUGGUAGACACCUUCCUGCUGAUAUGGUAGUAGUUGGUAUUGGCAUCCGUGCAAACACUAGUCUUUUUGAAGGUCAGCUGAUGAUGGAGAAUGGUGGGAUAAAGGUAAAUGGACAGUUGCAGACAAGUGACAGCUCUGUAUAUGCUGUUGGCGAUGUGGCUGCAUUCCCGAUCAAGCUUUUUGAUGGUGAUAUCCGACGGCUUGAGCAUGUGGAUUCAGCUCGUAGAACUGCUAGACAUGCUGUUGCCUCCAUCUUGGAGCCUUCAAAAAACAAGGACAUUGAUUACCUUCCAUUCUUCUACUCCAGAGUGUUCACAUUGUCCUGGCAAUUCUACGGGGAUAAUGUUGGGGAAGUGGUCCACUUUGGAGACUUCACAAGCAGCAGCCCGAGGUUUGGUGCAUAUUGGGUCAACAAAGGCAGAAUUGCGGGUGCAUUUCUUGAAGGCGGAAGUCGGGAGGAGUACGAGGCCAUAUCGAUUGCUGUUCGGCGGAAAGCUAUGGUCACAAACAUGGGUGAACUUGAGAAACAAGAUCUUAUUCUCCCACCACUUUGGCAGGUUGCUCCUUAUGAACGUCCUGCGCUAAGCAAAGGCUAUUUGUUCCCAGAAGGUGCUGCUCGCCUCCCAGCAUUUCAUACUUGCGUUGGUGCCAACGAUCAGUUACUUACAGCAGAUUGGUACAAAGAACAUGGUAUUGAGCUUAUUCUUGGAACGAAGGUAACUUCUGUUGAUGUGCGCGGGAAAACAUUGGAUACUUCCACUGGGGAAACUAUCAGCUAUGCAACUCUUAUUGUUGCAACGGGUGCUCAGGCCUUGAAACUGGAAGAAAUUGGAGGGAACGGCUCAGAUGCUGAGAACGUCUGUUAUCUGCGCAAUAUUGAGGAUGCAGAUAAACUAGUCCGUGUAAUGAGAUCAUGUCCUGGUGGCGAUGCCGUUGUCAUUGGUGGUGGAUACAUAGGAAUGGAAUGUGCAGCCGCUUUGGUUGCCAACAACAUAAAAGUUACUAUCGUCUUCCCUGGAAAACACUGCAUGGAAAAUCUGUUUACACCAAAAAUCGCUGAAUUUUACGAGAACUACUAUGCUUCAAAAGGAGUCACUUUUAUCAAAGGAACUGUAGUUUCAUCUUUGGAGAUCUCAUCUGGGAAGGUGACAACAGCAAUCCUGCGAGACGGCAGGCGCCUACCAGCUGACAUGGUCGUGGUCGGCAUCGGCGCGCGCGCAAACACAGAGCUCUUCCAAGGCAAGCUUGCCAUGGAGAAGCGCGGCAUCAAGGUGAACGAGCAGAUGCGGACGAGCGACGCCUCCGUGUACGCCGUGGGCGACGUGGCCGCGUUCCCCGUCAAGCUCCUGGGCGGCGAAGUCCGCCGGCUGGAGCACGUGGACUGCGCGCGCAGGACCGCGAGGCACGCCGUCGCGGCGGCUCUGGACCCCUCGGGCGCCACCGGGGACAUCGACUACCUGCCCUUCUUCUACUCCAGGGUCUUCGCGCUGUCCUGGAGGUUCUACGGCGACAACGCCGGGGAGGCCGUACACUUCGGGGACUUGGGCUUCUCCGCUUCGUCUCCGUCCACGCCCAAGUUCGGCGCGAUCUGGGUCAGCGCCGGCCGCAUCGCCGGCGCGUUCCUGGAAGGUGGGAGUCCUGAGGAGUACGAGGCGAUCGCGCACGCCGUGCGGCGCGGGACGGCCGUCCCGGACGUGGCCGUGCUCGCGCGGCAGGGCCUCGCGUUCAUUGUUCGCGAGGGCCGGAGCGGAGCUGCGCGGUCGCGUUCGGGUGGGCUUUGUGGCUGCGGGAACACGCCUAGCUACGCGUGGCACGCCACCGUCGGCGUGGCCGCAGCCGUGUCCAUCGCGGCGUUCGCGUACUGGUAUGGCUGGAAGGCGCCCUACCUGGCGAAGCGCGACUCGUGAACAAGGCAGCAGCCUGGUUCGUGGACCAAGAAGACAACAACUGUACAUCAAUCAAUCGAUUAGAUCUAUUAUCAUCACAUUUAGAUGUAUAAAAGUUACUUAUAAGAUUAACUGCAACAAUAAAAAAAACGUACGCCGAGCAUCUCCAAGAUU